UAUGUAAGAGGUGAGGGCUUUUGACUCGAUGGAGCUAUGGCGGACAGCGUCGAGGUAGGCACGGGGUGGCUUCGCCGCUAGAAACACGCCAGGGAUUCGGUUCUUGCCACUGGAUCAUCGCUGCGUCGCGAAAUAUUUCGGGAGAUCGGUGUUCCGUGCUCUGGAUCGGCGGCAUUCUCUAGCAGGGACGACAAAUCGGUGGAGAUGGAGGCGCUGCUGAUGGAUUUCAGCCAGUUCGUCGAAUUUGCAAGAACAGAACCAGGCAUGGCAGGCACGGAUCCAACGAUGGAGAUGUGCCAGAGCAAGCCGGCAGAGAUUCCAGCCGCUGGAGAUUUCUUUGCCAAUGGAUCGACUGGAGCUUUCCCGAGCGUGUCUGGGACGGAUUUUCAUGGAUCCAUGGGAAAUUUCCAGAGCUCGGGGAUGGACGAUGGUGUCUACUUGGAGCCAGCUCCCAUGGAGCCGGCCGGGUCGUCUGAGGCCGAUCCCCUCAAAGACCCGGUGUUUAGCUACAUCUCCGACAUGCUCAUGGACGAGGACACAGACGAGAGGACGUGCAUGUUUAUCGAUUGCUCCGGGUAUAAGUCCAUGGCCAACGAGCUCACGCAGAUCAUCUCCGAUUCUUCCUCGUCGGGUGCUUCGGAGUCAGAGAACACAAACAAGGGAGCAGUCGAUUCGUGGAUCCAUGGUGUCUUGAACAACGACGAAGUGGUCGACUCGGAUGUGAGAGUCGAGGGUCGGACCAUGUCCGACGAAGAGUACGAGAACACCGUGCACAAGAUGAUGAACGAGAUUCAGGCUUUGACGGCUGCCUCUACGCCCGGUGGCGAAGGUGGUGGCCAUGAAGGUGGUGGUCAUCGGAAGGUGGUGGAGGAAGAAGAGUCUGUGAAUAUUGUGGAGCGGGAUGCACUGUCCUUGCAGUCGCUGCUCCGGGAGUGCUCCGAGUUUCUCAAAGAUGCGCCAGGGAAGGAUGCUGUUCAUGACCACGAUCCAUGGUCGGGGGAUUUAUUCGCGACGCACGACCAGCUCGUGGCUGGGCAUGUGAGGACUCCUGCAGUGCUUGACAACGACGCCAUUGAAACCGAGAAGGCCAUCCGACAGGAGCUGCAUGGCAAACUCAUCGAGUGUGCGCAGGCGGUGGCUGCGGAUGAUGUAUCCAAGGCUUACGGGAUUGUCAACGGGAUCAGGGACAAAACCUCGCCGCGUGGAAGCGGCACGGAGAGAAUGGUGUUCUACUUUGCCGAGGCUUUAGUUGCACGUAUAACCGGUACUGGCACGCUGCUCUACAGUGCUCUCUCCAGCAACAAGCCGGCGUUUCACGAGAUGCUGAAAGCGUAUCGGCUCUUUACUCGCUACUCUCCGAACGUGAGGAUAUCGCACUACGUCUGCAACCAGACUAUUCUUGAUGCUACAGUGGGGGCCGGCAGGGUGCACAUUGUCGACUAUGGUAUCCUCUACGGGUUCAUGUGGCCCUGCCUCAUCAAGGCCUUCUCCGAGCGCGAAGGUGGUCCUCCGCACUUGCGUAUAACAGGAAUAGAUUUUCCUCAGCCUGGGUUCAAGCCGGCGGAGAGAGUUGAGGAAAGCGGGCGGAAGCUGUCGGAAUACGCCAAGCAAGUUGGAGUUCCUUUCGAGUUCCACGCUAUAGCAACAACCAAAUGGGAGGGCGUGCAGCCAUCAACCUUAUUUCUCAGGCACGACGAGGUGUUGAUCGUGAGCUCGCAUUUCCGUCUGAGACACUUGCUAGACGAGUCGGUGAUGGUGGACAGUCCAAGAAAGCUGGUACUCUCCAGGAUACGAAGCAUGAAACCGAAGGUCUUUAUACAGGCGGUGGUGAAUGCCAACUACAACGCUCCAUUUUUCAUCAGUCGGUUCCGCGAAGCUCUCGCAUUAUAUGCAGCGUUCUUCGAUGCGAUCGACACUGCAAUCCCUCCUGAGUAUCCGGAAAGGCUUCUCAUUGAGCAGAGCAUUUUGGGACGCGAGAUCCUCAACAUUGUGGCGUGCGAAGGCCAGGAAAGAGUAGAAAGAGCGGAAACGUACAAGCAGUGGCAGUCAAGGACUGUGAAAGCCGGAUUCGAGCAGCUUCCUUUGCGUCCAGACAUUUAUGCAAAGGCGAGAGCGAUGCUCGGGACAUAUCACAAGAGCUUUGGGAUUGGCCAGGAUGGAAACUGGCUGCUCAUAGGAUGGAAGGAGACGGUACUGCAUGCCGUGUGCUCGUGGAGAGUACGCUGAAACUAGGAAAGAAGCAACAAUCAUAGCUGGUAAUUGCUAAGGUACGACACAAAAUUCUAGCUUUGUAUUGACAGCUUGUCGUGUUGCAGGGCGAACAGUUGUUGCGCUACGUGAAUACAUUCAGCUACUGAUGCGUUGGUUUUGAGCGAGUUUGGCUCGAUUUGCGACCGGCUCACUACGUAUCCUUCCUGCAAAAAAAGAAGAGAGAAGAGAUUCACAGCAGCAGCACGAGUGACCGGAUGUACCUUUUGUAGUCCCCUUGUCAAGGUUGUAAGUACCUCGUGAAGCCCAAUGUAACCGCAUGGCAAAGCUGGAUUGCUUUCCUCCAGCAUUACAUCUAGCACCUCGGUCAAUUUUGAAGUUUCAGGAUCGAGUUUCUUCAUAUCGAAUCCAGAGGGCCGAUCCAUAUUGGACCCGUAUACGUGUUCUGUCGCAAUGUAACCAUGGUCGCAAGCAAGCCGGAAGGAAAAGGUUCGUUCCACAUA